AUGGCGGUGAAUCCGCAUGAUAUGGACGGUUUUAUGCCGCUCCUGUCAACGACGGACAUCAAGAAAAAGUUAAACGUUGGUAGUUUACUGUUGAAUUAUUUGGGAGAUGCGACGAAGAGUAUCGAGUGUCAAGACAUCGGACAGUUUAUCGACAACAUCAUACCGUGGUUAAGCAACGGCAACCCCAAGAAAUUGACGAUUCUUUCGUCGUACCUUAACUCUAAAUACAGAGUGAAUGAAUCAGCGAGUGACCAUCGUCAUCGGAGUUUGUUGUCAAAUAAUACAUUUCCGUACGUUCAAACUUCUUUACUGUUCUUUUCAACGUUGAUAAUGAAUGUCUAUCAUUUGUUACAAAACUAUGUUUGUAAACAAAACCAUGCAAGAGAUCUGCUAGCUUUUUAACGUUUGCUCUCUGGAGUAACUCAUUCAUGUCAUUUUAGUAUUUAUGUUGUGCAGAAUCUCCCCACAGUGCACAGAACGGAACGUAAUAAAAAACAAGGAAAUUUUUCUUAA